CCGGUCCCGGUCUCCAGGGAGACGGGAGAGGGGCAUGAAGCCGGGGCCUGUAAAUAUAUAGUCGAGGCAGCGGAGCGGCGGUUCUGGAGCUUUGCAGUUGGUGGCGCUUUUUUUUUAAAUUUGAUAUCGGGUGCAUUAUUUUCCUUGCUCGGCUCCCAGAGAAGUGGCCCGCCGUCAGCCUGAGGGGUGAAGGAGCAGCGGCUGUGUUCAGAUCAUCGACAUCAUGAUCGUCCCGCAACACCCAGCCGACUGUCAGCAGCAGCAGCUCCACUGAAAAGCGAGAAAGGUCGGGGAAAGGUGCAUUAGCAGAUCUAUCCAGUCCAUCUAUCGAUCUGCAUCUCCGUGCAAAGCGUGUCUUUAAAGGACAAACAAUGCAUUUUGUUUGAACAACGCUUGUCUUCCAUUGCACGGCCAGCAGCAUCUUUCAGCGAGAUUAGAAACAAAAAAGAGAUCUGAAAGGGGGUUGCCACCCCCCCUCAACUCGUGUGUAUAAAAGAGAAAGGUGAAGGAAGUCUAGGCGGAAGGCGCGCUGGAGACUAGCAAAUAGUCUGUUAUUAUUGUAACUGAAUCGUUAUUAGUAAUGCCUGUGUCUCUGGUGCAAGCCUGCCGCAGUCUGGCUCUCUCAACAUGGCUGCUUUCAUUCUGCUUCGUGCAUUUGCUGUGCUUGGACUUCACGGUGGCGGAGAAAGAGGAAUGGUACACCGCCUUCGUCAACAUCACGUACGUGGAACCGGCCACCUCGGAGUGGAGGUCGGAGAAGAGUGAGUGCGGCCGCUACGGGCAGCAUUCGCUCAAGCAGGACGCCAGGGGACUGCUGGCGCUGCCCGCUCACCAUGACAGGCUGGCGUGUGACCCUCAGGCCAGGUUUCAAGUCCCCGCCGCCGCUGCCACCAAGGGCUGGAUCGCAGUCAUACCCAAAGGGAACUGUACUUACAAAGAGAAAAUCUGGCACGCUGUCAGGCAGAAUGCAUCCGCUGUGGUCAUUUACAACUUGGGGGCUAGCAACGUCAAUGAGACUAUCACGAUGCCUCAUGGAGGUACAGGAGAUAUUGUUGCCAUUAUGAUUCCUGAGCUAAAAGGACGUGAGAUUAUGGGCCUACUUGAAAGGAAUAUCACUAUUAUGAUGUACAUAACAAUUGGAACACGUAAUUUACAAAAAUAUGUCAGCCGUACCUCAGUUGUAUUUGUGUCGAUAUCAUUUAUUGUGCUGAUGAUCAUUUCGCUUGCCUGGUUGGUCUUCUACUACAUCCAGAGGUUCAGAUAUGCAAAUGCUCGAGACCGGAAUCAGCGUCGUCUUGGAGAUGCUGCUAAAAAAGCCAUUGGUAAACUUCAAAUUAGAACAAUCAAGAAAGGUGAUAAGGAAACAGAAUCAGACUUUGAUAACUGUGCUGUUUGUAUUGAAGGCUACAAGCCAAAUGACGUAGUGCGAAUUUUACCAUGCCGACACCUUUUCCAUAAGACUUGUGUGGAUCCGUGGCUACUAGAUCACCGCACAUGUCCAAUGUGCAAAAUGAACAUUCUGAAAGCACUUGGAAUUCCGCCAAAUGCAGAUUGUGCAGAUGAUGUAACAACUGAUUUCGAAGGAUCCAUAGGAGGACCACCAACCAAUCAGAUUACAGGCGCCAGUGACGUGACAGUGAAUGAGAGUUCGGUCGGCUUUGAUCCUCCUGUUCGAAAUGUUGGACUUUCACAGACAAUUCAGGACAAUGAAGCUCUUCAGCAAGUUGAUGAGAUUAAUGUUACUGCUAGCAACAAUGAUGAAGGACCAAUUGUGAGUAGUGAUUCAGACACCUCACUGAUCCUGGCUGUUGAAGUUGGACUUUCUGACAUAGAGCUCUCUACUGACCAGGACUGCGAGGAAGUGAAAUCCUGAGAAGGAUGAAUGAUGUGGUUCAGGCAAGCCCACAGAUUGACUGCAACAAGUAUCUUGUACAUUCAGACAAGAAUGAUUGUGAGAGCAAUAGCGACAAUCGUUUACUUCUCCUUAGACACAAAUUGUAUAGCAGUUGAUGUCAGUUUUCUUCACAAAGAGCCCGCAAGCUUAUCACUUGCCUCAUUUCUACAUUUAAACAAGCUGGUAACAUGGUUCAGUGGCUGAGCUAAGAAGAAAAUAACAAUGUAUGUGUUUUUUAUUUUAUAUUUUCAAUGAUGGUCAACAAUUUACCUGUGUUUUAAAUUUUAUUUUUGUGACUGACUCCUGCUUUUCCAGAGCUUGAUCCUGUGAGGAUUAACGGAUUCCUGGAAUCACUGCCUCAACACUAAAACAUUCAGUCGGUGCUUUUAAGUUGUGAAAUGAAUUUUAAAGUUGAUUCCAAGUUCUGCAGUCUUGUGAAUCACUAGCUUUUUUGUGGUCAGCAUUAAGUAAAGUUUAUUUGCGCAAUAAUUAUUCAAAAGAGCAGCUUGCAGAUGCAGAAAAAACCUCUUGAAGUUCAUUUGCCAUUUCUUGACGUGUUUUUGGCCAUUAGAAGAGUUAGUGAUAGUAUUGUACAGAGAUGUUGUCCAUAAGCAAUAUGCUCUGCUGGAGAUUUAGACAGAAUGAAUGUUCCAGUAACAGCCCACUUGCUUUCUAUGAAUUCAUGGUAGAUUGGGAUUUGUGAAUAUUUGUGUGUAUGGUUGACACUUGACAGUUCCCCCAGUUUGUGACAUUCUGGCCAUUAACACAGCAGCUGCGUAAGUGGCCAAAUAGGUUAAACCACCAGCUUUAUACCCAUAAUGGCUUGUAAGAGAUAGAAAUCAAAACUAAUUUUAGUUUUACAGCAUACUUUACACCAACUGACCUCCACCAAAAAUGAAUUCACACAAUACUGCUGUACUUCAAAAGAAUUUUCUAGUAUUUCAUGUAAUUUGAAUUUAAGUUGCUUUAUAUCAUCUAUCCUAAUAAUAGUUUUUUUGUAUAUUGAAAACAUGACAAUGUAUUAAAAAUUACAGAUCGUUAUACAGUCUGAGUAAAUGACUUUUCAAGUCAUAGAAUUCUACAGCAGCGUUUUUACAUAUGGAUAGUUCCCUUGCAGAAAAGAACCCAGUACUACAAAGCAUAAUGUUAUUACAAGUUUAUAAGUCUUGUCCAGAAGGAAAGAAAAAUUCCCACAAACCAACAGAGGUUGUAUAUUUUUGAAACUACUGCUUUUGUUCCGUAUGUAGAUUAUUGACUAUAUAGACUUUAACACAUCGAAAUAGGGAACCUGAUAAUUGUAAUAGUUUAGAACAAAUUAAAAGCCCUGUGAUGUCCAGUGGAUGCCAGAUGGUCAUCAUAUAGUGUCUAGAGUUUGUAAUUGCUCUGGUUCAUCUUUUGACUUGGAACAGUACAACUAUAGGCAAGGUUAAUGGUGUGUUGAUUUGAAAACUUUAGAGACUGCUUGAUGUUGAAAGAAAAUGUUCCUUCAUGUAGGAUUUGAAUUAUUCAAGAAAGGCCACAGGGCAUAGCAGACGAGCAGCCGACUGUUGCCUAGUUUAAACUUGAUGAUGAAUGUUAGAAAUAUUAAACUGCUAAUAAAUUCUGGAAAACUAGUUGACUGAAACAUAUUUGAUGAUGAAGUGUGUCUCAGGUUAAGUUAAGGGGCUGAAGAAUUUAAAGGAUUUCAGUUCAAGAGGUUAAGAUUGCCUGUUACUGAUAGGAAAAAUAUCAUGCAUGCAUGAGAUUGUGAAAUUUCAGUCCUAAGUGGAUAGAAUAAUGAAUCAAAAUAGCCAUUAUUAAUACUAUGUCAGCUAUUGUUGUUCUCUUCGAUUCAUUUUCAUGCACCAUUGGAUGUAACUGAUCAUUGCAAGAUGGAAAAUCAUUUGAAGUGUUCACCUCUUCAAGAAAAUCAUAUUUUUAAAGAGUCAAAUGUUCUGCUGUACACUCUUGUUCAGUUUUCUCCUACCAACAGCAAAUAUCUAUACUGUUUCCCAAACUAGAAAAAAAUUGAAUUCCUGAUUUCAUUUUGGUGUUAUGAACAAUUUCGUUCUGCUGUUGCUGAACUUUUACGGAGAAGACUUCCUCAAAGCUUGAGUGUCUGUAUAAAUUUUACUGUAAUCUAUUCUAUUAAGUUCUUGUCAUUUUCUAGCAUUGUCAAUUGACACUGAGUUUUAAGAAAGUCUACCUUGACCCUUGCACCAACCCUGGGACAUGGUGAUUUUCUGCAGGGACUCUUUCCCAGGUGGAAAAUGUUGGAAAUACUCAGCAGGUCAGCUGUGGAGAGCAAAACAGUUGAUGUUUUAAGACAAUGACUCCUUAGUGGAACCAAGUUUGAAAACAAGCAUGUUUUAAGUUUUAGGGAGUGAGUGAGCUGAAGGCAUCAAAGGGACUGUCUGUGAUAAGGUGGAGAUCAAAUGAGACAUUUAAGUGAUGGUAAUGACGCUGGCUAAGAAGGGGUGCUGAAGGCUCUUUAAUUGCUGAUGAUUGAGGACAGAAGAGAGAAAACUGGUGCUAUGAGAUACAGAGUACUACAAUUGCUGGAAAUCAGGAAUAAAAGAGAAUGCUGGAAAUAUCUAGUAGUUCAAGCAGCAUCUGUGAAGAGAUCAGAAACUGCGUUAAAAAUUAUAGGUUGAUGACCCUUCAUCAGAGAUGAUACAAAUGGGAAAAACUGGCUGUAACAUGUGUAGUCCGAAAGCGAGAUGUAUUCCUAAUAUAUCUACAAUGGAACAGUGUAAAAGGCGAAAGAUAGAGUGGGAGUUUGAUGGAGAGUUAAGUAACAGACAACCUGAAGCCUUGCAGACUAAACAGGGAUGUGUUACAAAGCAGUUAGCCAAUCCGUAGAGGGCUGAAUGCAGUGCACUAAGUUGAAAGAAGUAUAAAUGGAUUACUGCUACAGCUGGAAGGAGUGUUUGGAUUCUUGAAUGGUGGGAAGGGAAAAUACAAAAGGGCAUGUGUUGCGUCUCCUGCAAUUGCUGAGAAGGUUUUGUGAGAAGGGGAGUCUGUAUUGGUGGAGACGGAAGAGUGAGUCAGAGAAUGAAGAGGGAAUAGUCCCUUCAGAACACUGGGAGUGGAAUAAUGUUUAGCACUGAUUCACUAAGCAAUGGAGAAGUUAUUGGAAAGGAAAGGUAUUAGAAGGAAAUAUAAAUUGAACCUUCAGAUUCAGGUACUAGCCUGGGGUCAACAAAAACUGGCAUCGAUAGAUUGAUCUGUUCACUGUGAUCUUGUCGAGCUAGAUGACCAGAGGAGCUUGCUUGACAGCCACUUACACUCACAUCUCCAAAAAUGGCUAGCUUAGCAUCAACAAUGCCGUUACUCUUUAUAACUCUCACCUUAACGAAAUAACUCUUACCCUAUCUAACUGUGGUUUUGUUCAAGACACAAUAUUGUUUCACUUGGUCAUUCAUCUCUUUAGGGCUGCACCUUACCCUUAUCUUUCAUUUUGGGAUUCUCUAUAAAGAUGUUUUGCAUCAUGUUGACAACCAUCUGUCUUUCUGACUAUAUGGCCACUAAGUUAAUUGUGUCCCUCCUUUCACUGUUUUUGCACUUGGAUAGUUGGGAUACACUCUGGUGAUCUUCACUGGCACCAGUAUGAAAAGAUACCAGGGCAACAUGAAAUUUACCCAAGACAUCAGACCUAUCUGUCAGUGAAUUACUUGCUGAAUCUUUGUGAAAUGACAUUAUUUGUUACUAUAAUCAAGUUACAUUUUAUAAUUUUUCUGCACAAAAGAGCAGGAAGAUAAGAAAAAUGCAAGAGUGUAUUGUGCUUAUGUGGUGCUUGUAAACCUUGACAAGGACACCGAGACAUAGGUUUAUUGCAUUUGCAAAGCAUGGCCUUCUACAAGAAAUGCUGUGCUGUCAAAUAGCUUGUGUUCCAGAUGACUUUACUCCUUCAAUGUUAGAGCCCUUCACUUGCUAAAUUUCAGUCAAAGAAUUAAAACAUUCUGAGGAUAUGUAUUUAAACAUUCUCCAGUCUUUAUCCUCUGAAAAUCUUCUAUCUUUAUUAAGCCCUUGCUCCCACAGUGACUUCAUACAUUAUUUAUACCGCAACACUUUUGUUUACAGAAGGGAAAGGCACAGGAGAGGGGAGUUAAUAAUAGUAUUUUGAAAACUUUGAAUGACUCCAUUAAUCAAAAUUGUUCAAUCAAUUAAAAAUACAAUCACUUUUUUUACUUAUGAAAGGUAUAUUUCCUUCAAAAAUCAACUUAGAGCUCUUUAAUUCAUAUUGAAGUUAUCAUGGUUAAAAGAAACAUGAUAGUUAUGUUCUGGCUGAAAUGACAUUCAUUUAGUUAUGUAUAUUGCAUGGAACUUUUUAAAAGCACCUGCUACUACCUUUACAAAUUAAUGAAAUAAUGACAUUCACCUCAUAGGUGUAGCUCAAGUCACAGUAACAUUUAAGUUUUGUUUUUAAAAUUGCUUAAUCAAUAAUUUCAAGACUUCAUUAUAAAGCUUACAUAAGGGUAAGCAUGAGUUUUACCAAAAAAAUCAUGUCUCUUUUUGAUAUGCAAAUACAGUACAAUAUAAUUCAAUUGAAAACAUUCAAUGACAGUGCUCAUAAGCUUAAUAACUUUUGAACUAUCCACAUAAUCAUACUCAAAUUUGCACGUUGCCUCCAUUAGAAAAACUUAUCUGUAUAGUGCCAGAUUCAGAGUGCCACUUAGCAUCUUGGCAGAAAUCUAGGAUACUUUGGGAACAGGCUCCUGGUGGGUAUAUGAUUAGGUUUUUGAAAGGAUAGUUGGGUAGUUAUGCUGGGUAAAAAUUAGGUCACAGCUCAGAAGGGAGGAAGUUAAGCAUAACUGAGAUAAAAAAAAAACUACAUUUUCUUGUGACUAUACUUCAAACUCUCGAUUAAUCAACUAUGCCCUAAGCAAUAUAUUUGAUUUUUGAAAGAAUGCAUGAGGAUUGUGGCUUACCAUAAAUUAUACCUUAAUUGGAUUCUUUUCUCUUCUUUAGUGCUUAUAUGGGGAAAAGUUCUGAUCGUGACAUAACUUAGGGGAAAAUGUGAUAAAGUAUACACUUGUCAUAGAGUUGUACAGCACAGAAACAGGCCCUGCAGUCCAACUCAUCCAUACAGACUAAAUUGACACCUGAAUUAGUCCUAUUUGCCUGUAUUUGGCCCAUAUCCCUCUAAACCUUUCUUAUCUAUUUACCUGACUAAAUGUCUUUUAAACAUUGUAAUUAUACCUGCCUCUGGCAGUUUGGAAAAAGUUUCCCCUAUAAAUUUCCCCCCAUGCACCUUAAAUCUAUGUCCUCUAGUUUUAGACUCCCCUACCCUGGGUAGAAAGACCAUGGCCAUUCACCCUAUCUAUGCCCCUCAUGAUUUUAUAUACCUUGAUAAGGUCAUCCUUCAGCCUCCUAUACUCCAGGAAAUAAAGCCCCUGACUAUCCAAUCUCUCCUUAUAACUCAAGUCCUCUGGUCCUGGUAACAGCCUUGUGAAACUUUUCUGCAUCCUUUUCAGCUUAAUGACAUCCUUGUGUCUGGGUGAUUUCUGGAAUCUGUUAAACUGGGCAGAUAUUCUUUUGUAUUAAUUUUGAAUUCCUAAUUUGUGUUUUAUUAUUUUCAAAACAAUUCAGUUUAGAAGACAUUUUUUAAGUUCGUGUGCAGAAGAAUUUCUGUAAAUAUAAAGAAUAUAACUUAUGUGCUUUAUAAGUAAUUGGUAGUGGUAUCGAUUAUUAGCUCUUUACUGCUGUGUUAUUUCUUUGCGUAGAAAAAUAAUUUUAAUCCAUUAUUUUUGGAUUUCUUUAAGUAGGUUUACUUAUCAAACAUUCUAUUUGAAUAAAUCAGAAUAACAUUUUUGUAUGCCAUUUAAAUUAAUUCCAUUUUGUAUAAGAAAGGUUUUUGUUUCCAGAAAUACACGUCAUUUCAACAAUUCAUUCUUCAGGCUUUGUCUUCAUAACACAAAAGAGGCAAACUUUACAAAGAUGUCAAGAAAUAACAUUUAAGAGUAAUUCCUCAGCUAAUUUUUUUCUAGGUCUGACAAGAUACUUCAGUAUAGUAUAUCAUCAAAAUUACUGUAAAUAAUCAAAAUAUUUAAAACAAAAACACAGGAAAUUCUGCAACUAUUCCAAAUAAGCAGGAUCUGUCAAGGAUGCAAAUAUAAAGAUCAAUGACCAUUCAUUAGAGCUAGAAAAAGUUUUAUCAUUUAAUCUCUAACAUACUAUACAAUCACCAACCAUCGUACUUUUCCUUUCUCCUGCUCCUUUCUUCAAUUCUUAAAUUAUUUUUUAACACAUUUCAGUUCUAAUGAAAGCUCAUUAACUUGGAACAUUCACUAUGUCUCUGUCUCUGCUGCCUGAGAUUCUGGGUAGUUGCAAUGUUUUCUGUUUUUUACUUCAUGAUGUUCAUUCGGAUACAUAAUUAGUGCUUGGGACCAUGAAAACUAUAGAGUAAUCAGUGUUUACUAAGUUUAAACAGUUUCAAAAAUAUUUACAAUACAGAAGAUCAUUCAGUUUACAGUUAAUCAUCAUCUGAUGUUAUUAAUGUAAGAACCAAAGAUUUAAGAGUAUAUCCUUGAUAAUGCAAUAUUUCUCUUAACGUGACUGUUGUAUAAUGAGUGAACCAUUGAGAAUCCAACCACUUCCCUCCUACCCCGCUCUAAACAGGGUUUCAAAUAGAUAUCACUGACCUUCUUUAAAUCCCAUAUCAAUACAUGGUUGACUUUCAGUUACAGUCAUUAAAAAAUGAAUGUUUAAAAAACUUAUUUUCUGAAAGGCUUCAAUGCACUGAGAUUAAGUCAGGAUAGUGUCUGUGUGAGUAGAUCAGAUCAGUCCAGUCACCAAGGUAGACUUUUUUUUCUGUGACCCGAGAUAAAUGCACAAUGUUAAAGGCAUUGAAAACAAUGAAGCAGAAUUCGAAGCACAGAUCUCACUACAUCUUAUGUGUAGUGUGCGUCAUAGAGGAAAAAUUUCUAUUCCUUUUACUCCCACCUGUUGGUUUGUUGCCAAACUCAGUGGUCUUAGCCUAAGACUUGAUUCCAACCUCAGCUCUGCUUAGUUGUUAUUUGAUUAAAUUUGUAUGUUGGAUGAAAUCAUUCACUAGAAUUUCUCACAAAUGGAAUGGAUAAAUUAAUAAUUUAUUAUCAUUACAAGUAUUAAAAGCAUUGUUUUGGUGCAGAGUGUCUGUUACUGUCUGACAAUAUAUAAUUGAAGCAUCUAUAUACAAGUACUGAUGACUUAACUUGGUAAUUGUUUCUUGAAUAUUAAUCCGAUUUUGAUCAAGAGGUACUCUCAUGCUUAGCAUUUUGUCCUUUCACUGAUAAAAUAAUUCUUUGCGGUACAGUGCAUGAGAGACAACACCCAGGAAGCAUUGAUGUUGUCAGAUUUAAUCACAAAGGUUCAUAGCAGUGAUGUAGCAGUUUUACUCGGGUAUAUCUACCUACCAGUGCUGUGGUUCUCCAUAGUUGUUUACAAGUGUGCAGAUUUUUCAAGAAAAUCCAUAUUUCUUUAUCAUCAACCCAAUGGAGCACUUAGUUUAAAAAUGCUUGUAGAGGAGUAGGGAGAAAUGUAAGCUGGUAAAAUUGAAAAAGAGGGAUUUUUCCCUCUGUGUCAGUGAAAAGAAAGUUGAAAUGUACUAAUCACAUCUUUUCAGGGAGCCAGCAAAAGUAAUUUUCAAGUGGAGUCAGAUUGCUGUUCAGUGCUAGGUUGCUGCUAUAAAUCAGGUGUUAAUAACAGACAAAUGAGAAGAAAUUGGUCCAGUUUUGUGACGUGUAAGAGUGCUGUUUAUCACACAGAUUUUAACCAUCAGUAGUUGGCACUAUGUAUAAGAAUUCAUUCUUAGUAAACGUGCAUUUGUUUUCACGUAUCUAAUUUCUUUCAACCUGCUGUUUGUCAAAGGUUGUUAAAGCUGUCUCCAAAUAGUCCAAGCUUUAUCUGACCAGCAAAGCAGGGGGUUUCCAUUUCCAAGACUCAUUGGUUAUGUUAUUGCAGAAUGUUUCACUGUUUGCCUUGCAUUUAAAGAUGCUUUUUGAUGCACCUCAUUAUAUUGUCAAGUAUGCUGCUAUUGGCCUCAGAAACAUCAGUCCAGUGAGAAACAUCUAUUUUGUUUUGUCAAUGCUAUUCUACAUCUCAAAUAACUUAGUUUGCUAAGCGUUAAUCCAAGCAGCAAAUGGAUUGUGUGGUGAUUACAAUAGACUUUUCUAGUUGGCAUUUUGCCAGAUGCUACAGCUUGCAAAAUAACUUUGUAAUAUAAAGCUAAAAUAUGAUGCAGUUGUAUUAGUUAUAAUGCAUUUACUCUAAAAAUUUUCUUUUAUAUAUAGUGUUGCAAUUAUUUUAUAUUUGAAGUGGGUUGUUAUUGCUGAAGUAAAGUAUGUUUGUUUCUUCUCCAUAAUGCACUUUAUAUAUCCUGAAAAAGAGGGCAUCCAUGGAUGUUACUGGGGAAUAUAGAUCAGUCUGAUGCAGUCAAUAAUAAAGCAUUUAUUGUUUUGCAUUACAUGCUUGAACAUCGACUCGAUGCUUGUGUGAAGGGGAGGGGUUAAAUUCAAAUGAACAAACAAUAUUCAUUAGCCUAUUAUUUUGUUACAAAACAAAAAAAAAUUUAAUAUGUCUUGCUGUGUUCAUAUGUACUAGGUGAGGUGAUGCAACUAUGAAAGAUUUAA